UGUUGAAUGACGCUGCACGGCGUCUAGUUAAUAAUUAUUUUCUGUACAUGAGCUAAGCUAAGCUAACUUCGUAUCGUAGCUUCGAAAGCUUCGAAAGCUUUAGCUAACUAAUACUGGGGAGGCUGAAGUAAGAGGGAAUCUUAGAAGUCGAAGCGAGCGCAUCGCCAGUAGCUGAGCUGCAUUUCCCAUCUCUUGCAAAAGGCACAUUCACCCCCCACGAUCGAGCCAUACUCAUCCUUUUACACGAGCCUCGCUAUAGUGUAUUACACUCCUUAAUUCGGGGCGACGGUCGUUAAAUCGUUCGGUCGUUCGAGCCUUUCGUUAUCGCAAUUUUGCCCUUCUCAUUUCCGACGCCGCCCGCCUCUUAAUUGCACUCGACCGAAUCCUCCUCCCUGCGCGGCUGUUAUUACGCACAUAUUCGCCAAUUCACUACAGAACUCCUUUCGUAUACCUGUUAUAAGUCUAUUACAACCAUAGGAGGAACCAUGGCUGCGCGACCUACUACUCCGGCGUCCCCUAAAAAUGUCAAGAUCAACUCGCCCACCCCGGGGACGCCUUUGUUUGGCUGUGAGCAUGUUCAAAUACUACUAUCCAACAACCCAGACGUCCUAAACAACUCAAUCCAAUACUAUAAGAUGCUGCUGAGAGUCAUCUUCGACGGCAACCCCCUGGUACCGCAGACUUCUAAGGGUCCAGAUGGGCUGAUAACUACGUCUUUAACCUCGAACUACCUCUGCUUGCAAUGUUCUGUCAUUGUUACCGAAGAAGAGCGUACGAAACAUGCGAACAAAAAGAGCCAUCGGUUUUAUGUCGACUCGAGAAGUGGCUCAUUAUACUGUCAGUUCUGCGAAGACUUUGUAUGGGACCCAACCCUAGACGACCUUAGGGUAAGAAAGAUAGGGACUGGUUCAUUUUCAAGUCGUAAGAGAAAACAUGAAGAUAUGUUUUCGGAUGCUGUGAAAGAUCCUUUAAAGGAUGAUCCCAGAUACAUAUCCUCCAAUACCACCAUCGCAUCAUGUAGGGCAGACGGACUCCGAGGAAUCUACAAUGCCGGUGCGACAUGUUACCAAAACGUUGUCUUGCAGAGUUUUCUUCACAAUCCCCUACUGAGGAACUUCUACUUGAGCGACGGUCACCAGAGCAGCGAUUGCCAAGUACCUCACUGCCUUAGCUGCGCCAUGGACGAUAUGUUCCAAGACUUCUACGCCCUCGAAAACACUAACGGUUAUACGGCGGCCAACAUAUUGUCCGGUUUUUGGAUAUCCGAAAAGAAGGCGUUUGAGAACCUAGUCACUACGAAGGAACAAGACGCGCAUGAAUUCUUUCAGUUCUUGGCCGAAGAGUUACACGAGAGGAACGGAGAUGGCAAGAAGCCUGAAACUGGUAGCGAACAUAGUUGCAAUUGCAUCAUCCACCAGACUUUCUAUGGCAAGCUCCAAAGCCAGACGACUUGCCAACAUUGCGGCGGUGUUACCAACGCAAUAGAGUCUUUCCUUGACCUAAGUUUGGGUCUGGAGAACCUGUCACAGAAGAGGGGCAAGAAGGCCCCCAAGACGGCUGCGUCACUAACAUUGCAAGAAUGUCUUGACGAGGAGUACAUUAAAUCCGACAAGUGCGAGUAUCGGUGUAGGAACUGCAAUUCAUCGCAACAAGCGCGGAGAGAUCACAGCAUAAAGCUGCUACCGAAUGUACUGUCUAUACAGCUCAAGAGGUUCGAGUUUAAACAGGGGAGCCGUGAUCGUGUUGCAUCGAAGAUCAGCACGAAAGUACAGUUUCCGUUACAACUAAACAUGCUUCCAUAUACCACACGUAGUCGAACGUCAGAUUCUCGUGAUAGUCAGGAACUAAGGCGAUCAUGUACAUAUGACCUAUUGAGCGUCGUCGAGCAUGUCGGAGAGAUCGAUACGGGUCACUACGUAACGUAUUCUCGAGUUGGAGAUCAAUGGUUCUCGUUUAACGACCACAAAGUCGAGCUGGCCAAGAAAUCCGACGUCCUGGGCAGCCAGGCUUAUCUGCUAUUCUACAUCAUCCGGUCGCUGGCGUAAAGGAGGCGGGGGUGGUGGUGGUUUCUCGUUGGUGGCAAACCAAUCAAUAUACCGAAAUGGAAUUGGACGGCGGUGUUUUUGAUGACGCAUUUACACGGUUUGGGGCGCGAUGAGCUUACGUUUUAUUUUUCUCUCUUCUUUCGGCAUUGUGUUUGUUGUGUUUGUUGUGUUUGAAUAAGAUAGAGAAACAGCGCAUAGAGCGAUAGGUACUAUGACCACCUCUAUUUCAUGUUUUUGGCCUUUGGGCUGUUGAUUGUUUGUUGAGUGAUAGCGAGUAUAUUGCCGUUUUAUUGACUAGGUUAGGCACUUAAAUGAAAACAGCGAAAUGGAGGC